GACCAUCACUGACAACGCCGUCCUCCAAUAGGACCUUACGAGGGAAAAGUCGUACCCCGUAGCGUUUACUCGUCCUAAGAAGGUUUAAAAACUUCAAGCAGCUACAGCAAUGGAGAGGAACCGUGUCAAAAUGCCUGUCUGACAUUAAAAGACAUAUAAGAUGCCUGGCCUAGUGUCAUGCCCCAGUGGUCUAAUAGUGAUUGGGAUCCUCACUCUAUCCUGUGUCCACAUCAACUCAGAGAUCUUGAGCAAUGAAGUUUCAGACGUACAGUUUGGUGCUCUGGGCUCCACCGUGACUCUGACCUGCAGAGGCUCUCACCAAGGGUCUGCGGUGGUAUGGACACACAAUGGGAGCUUAGUGCGGACGAGGCAGACUCACCCCUCGGACGGCUCGCUGACUCUCGCCAACACCACACGCAGCAUGGAAGGUAACUACAGCUGCCACGAGCCGAGAGGAGGAGUCCUACUGCAGAGCAUCACACUGCGCCUGGGCUAUGCCCCCGAAUAUCUGAGUGUUUCCUGUAAACUGCCAAGUCACUUCAAAAUGCUGUGCACAUGGACUCAAAGAGUGAAGACACACUUACCCACCAAGUACAUCUCCUCAUACAGUGUGGAUAAUAGCGGGCCAGAGCCCUGUGAACAGGAGCUAAUGGAUGUGAACGAGUGCACCAUCAGCAACCCAGUGUUCUGGGGCAGCAAACACCUGGUGAACAUCACAGAAGUCAAUCCGCUUGGCUCCAAAUCCACCAUCACUUUCGUGGACGUCAACAGAAAUUUAAAGCCUGACGCUCCUGAGGAACUGAUCUGCGAGCAAGUGAAUGCAGAGCCCACGCAGCUGUUUGUUCAUUGGAAGCCGCCUGCCUCAUGGCCCUCAGAUGCGUCUGUCGCCUUUCCACUGAAGUUCGAGCUGCAGUACAGACCUGUCGGCUCCAAAUUCUGGUCUAAGAUGGAGACAGAGGACACGAGUAUGGUGAUUAUGGACGCCCUGAUGGGUCACUUACACCACAUCAGAGUACGAGCCCAGGACGCUUUCAUUAACCACAGCCAGUGGAGUGAGUGGAGUCAGCUGGUGCAGGCCCAGCCCUGGAGUGACCCUUCCAUGAUACAUGAAGCCACCACAGAUAACUUUUUCGAGCCAAUCUUCCCUUCUACGUUUCCAGUGAAGGCAACAGAGAAGUCUCCAGAUCCAUCAUUCGAUGAAAAUGGAAGUCAGGUCUUGAUCAUCCUUGGCUUAUUGGCAGCAGUAAUGGUGGUGGUGGUGUUUACUAUCACAGUCCUACUAUGUGUGAGGAACAGGAGGCAGGGCAACGUGACAAAACAGGAACUAACCUCAAUGGUGAAGAUGAAGUCCUUGCUAAUCUAAAAUUUUCAGGUUGGCCUCGUCUUUUUCAGCCCUCAUAGGGCUUCAUCAUAGGGAGUCAUGGCCACUGCCACUGCAGCUCUAAUCCCCACACUACAAUACCCGCAGUUUCACUUUUCUUCUGUCGCUGCUUGGGAAAUUGGCUCCUUUCAGCGGAGUUCUGAGUCCCAUAAACUGUGAACGCUUCCAACUCUACCCUUCCAAUGUAGCAAAACUUAACAGAAAACAGUUACUGGCUUUCAUUGUUUGACAUGCAAAGCAAAUUUUGCCAGCUUUGGACCAUGAACACCAGCACAUUUUAAACUCAAUGUGUCUGCACUUAUCCGUCACUUCAGCUUUUCCAUGCAGACUCGUGCCAUUUGGCUGCAGUGACACUUGGAACGCUGUGAAGAAGAAAAAAAAAAAGAAGCAUGGCUGUUAACCAGUCGUGGGCCAUGUUUUGGGCAUUAAGAAUAAAGUUGGCAUUAUCUACAUUUCAAUGCAAGGGACAGAGCUCCCGAACCUGAACAUAGCUGCUACAUGCGGACAAGAGACAUUUUGCAGCCAGUUGACUGAGGAAAGCUGAGCAUUUCGAGGAGUUUGUAUUCUGUUCACAUUGAGAUGAAGAUUUCUGCAUCGCUUCAUUUCUUCAGCCUUUAUAGCCUCGUCAUUUUAAAAACAGGUUGAGGCAUCUGCAAAUAAUCUCGGGCUUGAUUUGAACCCAAAGUUACCUUUGAAAUAUAAUGACUUAAGCAGUAAAAAUAUAUCUCUCCUUUUACUGUCGUAGGCAGGGCCAAUAAUAACCAUCCUCUAGACCUCUAAGACAGUAAGUUGGCAUCCUACAGACCACACAAAAUAUUGGCGCUCUGAACCGAUGUGGUUAAUUGUUUUUACUUACCUCAACAAUUAUAAAUGCUUUGGGAAAGGUGAAAAUGAGUUUUCACUGAGCGUUGAAACAGAAAGUGAACGUAACUACUUGGCCUUGUAUUAACAUACCCACUCAGGACAUAACCACAGCCAGAGCAGAACCAGCAUCAAGUUUGUAGUGAGUCAGUGGACUGCACUGUACUGUACAUUUCAGUAUGUUCACUCUAAUAUUCAUUUCACUAUUAACCAUUAUUCACUUCAUCUAUUAAGCUGGAUGUCUGCUGCUGGUUUGUGUGGACGCUGAUUAGCAUUUAAUGUGCAUGAACUAAGGCAGCAGAAUCAAUUGCAGUGUAUCUUUGCUACCCUGUGUUCAUACUAACGAGUGACAAAGGGACAAGUGAUCAUUCCCUUUGAAGCUCCAUGACAUGGAAUCAUGAUUCCAGACUCAGCGACUAGUCAUUUAACUUUAGAUUCAAAUCUAUUUAAUGCAAAUUAGUUCUGAUAGGGUAAACUGACAAAUCCAAACGAUUGGUGUCAGUAGGUUCAGUGGAGCAGUCCUCUGGCUCUGGUUGUAUGUGUAACGUCCUCACAAAUUCAGUUUCUAUCUGCAUUCACUUUUGAUUUGACAGGAUUUAGUGCAAAAAUGUUUUUAAAAAAAAUCAUAAUAAUAAUAAUAAAUCCAUCACAGGACUGGACAUAUCAGAUGAUAUGUGAGAUGGGAUAAGCAGAAUUUGUAUCCGAGUUGUUAGUUUUUUAUUCGUAGUUGCCCGGUGGACGAGGUGGUUCAAUAACCAGAGAAAGAAAACCUCACUUCCUGCUAACUUUUGACAACACUUUUCAUUUGGUUUGAAUGCUUCAGAAUCCCACUGCCUGCUGCUCUACACACACACCGGCCGAGGUGCAAUCUGGCGGGUUUUACUAGGCGGAUUAAUUAGUGCAAACGGAUGACAGGCUGUCUUUUCAGAACCAGGAACAUGCAGGUAUGUGAAAACAGUGAUGAGACCAAGCAAAAAAAAAAAAAAAAGAAAGAAAAUGCUAGCACAACACAUGUAACAUCUUGCAGUUAACCACAUCAAGAGCUGCGAGUGUGAACGCAGGGGCAGUCUGUUUAUUGAAUAUCAGAAACAUGGUUAAAUAUCCGUCACACACUUGUCCAUUAGUGCAGUGUAAAAUUCUGUGAGGGUGCUUUCCAGUUUCCAUUUAAAACCCACACACACGUGUCUACUACUCUGGCCUGACUCCUUGUUUGCCUUAACACGGGCGCACUGGCUUUAUUUGCCCGCGAUGACACAACUUUCACAGCAGUUCCCGACUGGUUCUUUCCCUGCCAAGCCUAAAAAAAAGACCUUCUGAUAUCUAUUUUCAAGCUAAUGCAUAUUCCUGAUAUUGAUUCUGUAUUAAAGCUUAUCUUUACAGUUUUAUUAUUAUAGAUUUAUGUUAGGGUAUAUUAUUGUACAAGAAUCUCUAUCAAAUAUAUGGAUUUGUUUUUACCGUUCCCAGUGUCAUAAAGCUUAAACAGUGCAUGUGUGCUUUCUGUGUUGCUUCUUUUAUGUGUAUCCUUAAUAAGCACAAAUAUAUUUUUCUCUGUACAGUUUCUAUAUUGAUGUAUCAAAUGAAAUAUUUUCUAUGUAAAGUGUGUGUUUUAUUUCCUGUCAGGACUUUAGGUAUGAUAUUUAUCAUCACCCUUUGGAAGGCUUUAGAAGCGACACACAUGCAGUCUCCUGGUUGGUUUUGAAUGCACUCUAGUGAAUUGUGUUGGCAUUAUUGCAUUAUUGCUGGACAUUUCUGUGGAACGUUUAAACACCAUGGUGCAGAGAAAACCUCGGGUAUGUCUAGGGCAGCGGUGGCUCAGUGGUUAGCUACUAUUGGGAAAGUAGUGAGUUUCGGUUCCUGAGGUUUUUAGGAAUACUCUAAUUCUCCUUGACACUGUUAUGUUCUUCAUCCCAUGCCCUGGGAAUUGAUCGGAGUCCUUCAUUAGGGACACAUCAGCCGUGAGGAUAGAGAGAGGAUACACUCGCUCGUUUCUGUCUCGGUCGCUUUGGAUAAAAGCCUCAGGCAAAUUGAAUAAAUGUAAAUACACAGGUGCUUCCUAUGUUCGAGCUUGUACUAUGAACUCUCCAGCUCCACAAAAGAAACUGACAUGCAAAACUGACACUAAGAAAGAAAGUUUUUGAAUAAAACACUACAGGAUGUGCUGUUAUAGGAAAAUAAUAAAAUUGAUUAUUUUCCUAUAACCGCAUGGCUCAAAGUAUUUAUUCUUCUUGUACCACAGCAUUUUUUCUAUUUUUUAAAAUAAUUAAAGAAUGACAAGGCAUACAUUUUAUCAAACUUCAGUUAUUUUUUAAUGUUGUGGAACGUUAACAGAAGCACUUGCGUUAUAACAGCUAUAAACAGCAUUCCCUCGCAAGCCUCUCAGUUAUACAUUUUUUUUAUCACACUUUUUUUUUUUUUUUUUUAAAUUCGUUCAUUCGGUUUUGAGUAUGUGGAGCAUCCACCAUACAAGUCCUUACAGAAAUAAUAAAGUAUUAGAGCAAGUGUGUUAAUAUAAACCUGAGAUUUGAAUUACAGCCAGCAUUACUGUCAGAGCUGUAAUUACAGAAAAUUAACAAAUACAGUACACUGAAACUCCUUUCUUAACAUGUCCCAGCUUAUUUAGAAGCCAGGAUCACAAUGUAUGAUGUAGCAGUCCUGGGAUUUGAGCUCUUAUUAUUCUGAUCCUUAACCACUGAGCCACCACUUCAUGUGAGGUAGAUGAGCUGAAUGAGAAAUCAGGUGAUGAGUGGGACGUUGGAUGCAUUAAACAUCAGGUGAUACACGUGCAAUAAUGUUCUGACUGGAGUUAAUUCAGCGUGUAAUCACAGCUGGUUGUCUGCAGUCAGCUGUCCUACACUCAACCACAGGCGGUGCAAGUGAUGUCGCUUUAAAUUCACAGGAUUUCUUAUGUAGCAAACAACUGAUCAAGCAGUGAGAGUGAAUCACGAGGGGGUGCACUUGCUUCGGAUAAAAGCAUCUGCCAAAUUCAUGCAUGUAAAAUCUACUGUGAUAUGCUAGUAUGUCUCAAAUUGUUAGUGAGGAUUCACUUUUAACCUUUAUCACUGCUCUGUGCUUUUGGAAUAUUCAGAAGUCAACUUUCUUAUGCCUUCUUUAGUCCUCAGUUCUGUACAUAUUGCAUAUUUGUACCUCUGCUAACAGAAAUGUGGAGGGUAUUCCUUUGUGUGUGUGUCAGAGUCGUAGCAAAGGAAUUAAUUUCAGGGGGAUGAGGAAAUAUUCGGAAGAAAAUCACUGCGCUAUCUGCGCAAUUAUAUUUUGGGUGAAUGUCAGACAGUAGUAGGAGCAGUGGCGGUAUUCCGAAUCUACCCAUAUGAAUAAUGUUAAUGGGUAUAGGAAAUAAAAUUCCUUAAUGAAUGCUCCUGAUUAAAAUGAUUAAAAUAACAUGCUAGUAAUAGAAUAGAAGAAUAAUAAAGAGACAUCUUACCUAAAAGCCUUCAGUGGUAAACCUCUAGUACUUGGUCUGCUGUCUGCUCGAUAUCCUCGAUAUCACGUGUGUAAUGUUAACCAUGACUAAACAUUUGGAACAGUCAUAAAAUAAUUCAACCCUCUUUCUUAGCUAUGACUCUGGUGUGCAUUAAUUCUACAACAAAGUGAAAUCUGACAUUGUGUGAUGUUUCUGGCACACACUAAAACUAACACACAAAGCUGUUUCCCUGGAACAACAGGAAUGCGACUUAUCUCUCAUUGUGCAAAACUGCAUGCUUGUUUUGACUUGAUUUAAGCGUGACUUUAGAUCUUCUUUCGGGGUCUGACGCUGUUUUUGUUGGGUAGAUGCUGCUCUGCCAAACUAAAACUUAAAAAAAAUAUAUAUAUAAAAAAAUUAAGAUUGAUGUGAAACAGCAUUGCAUUACAGUAAAGACUAAGUUGUGUCAAUCAUUUCAGUUCACAUUCUUACAGAAAGUGUCCUUAUUGUUGUCCCCUUUAAUGUUCUGUCUUCAGUGGUUUUGUUUUGUGUAAUGGCCUGCUUUGUGUGUGAUGACAUAAACUCUUAAGUGGGGGUGGUGAAAACAAAGAUUAUGAGAAAUGUAUGUAUAGUAUAUUCUGCUUUUGUGUACAAUAUAAGCUGGUUUAUUACUCUUCUGUUCAUAUUCUUGUGAAAUAAAAAGUUAUUUUAUCACA